AUGCAUUUAGCGUCACUGGCUCCGGCAGCGAUACUUACCAAGGCCAUUUGGUAUCUCCUUCUAGUUCUGGCUCUGGCUCCCUCGUGUGAAAAAUGGUUUUAUGUUUUGGUGGAUCAUGAAUAUACCUAUUCGUCUUCUUCUUGCAGCAGUGGUGAUGCCACAGGUGCUAUCAGAGGUGGUGGUUCUGGAACUUCGGUCUCCCACACAUACACCGAUUACACUCAGAAUGCAGCCGCUUGUCUCGUCUUCCUAAAUACCUUUUCGGGCGAGGGGGCAGAUCGCGGUGAGAUCUCUAAUGCUUACCAGGACUCUAUGGUGAAUUCGGCGUGGUUGUUGACGAGAAGAGUGGAAACUCCAUCAACUGUUCAUGUCCUUCCACAUGUAGACUUAGUUGUCAGCAGUCUCGCUAAGAUUUUCUCGGGAGACUGCAAGGUUAUGGGUGGGAGCGCUAUCUUGGGCCCCGAAGGAAGGUACUACCAGCAAUUGAAGAGUGCUUUCGAAGCAGAUUACGAGGACAACUAUUGGGCCGAGGACAAAAUCAACGACAAUUCCGAAGUCAGACAUACAAUGCAAUAUCCCAAGACGAUCAAAAACUUGCUCUUCAGUGAAUAUCAGGAGUCAAGAAGAUGUUAUGGCCUCUUGCAUUUAUUGGUGUUGAGCUCCAUGGGCAUCCGGAUAGAUCGACUCUUGGUUGGAUCCCCGUUUUAUGCUUUGAAAUCUCCAAAAGACCGUGGUUCGAGUCUGAUCUGGUUGCGUCAACGAUCGAAUUAUUAA